ACGCGCCGCCCUCGCUCUUUAUCCACUGAGCAGCUUAUCCACUUUAGGUCGGAAAGGAAAGGAAAGAAAAGCAGGAAAAAAAAAAAAAAAAAAAAAGUCAGGGGAACAUUUUUGUCGGCUGCGCGACUCGACUACUUUUGUCUCCUGCGGGCCACUGUUGAGCCUUCACGAGACGUCACUGUCUUCGGUCGCGGGGCAUCGUGGGUAGGAGGGAGAUUCGCUCUCACUGCUCCCAAAAAUGGCGGAUGCAUUCGGAGAUGAGCUGUUCAGCGUGUUCGAGGGCGACUCGACCACUGCGGCGGGAACCAAAAAAGACAAGGAAAAGGACAAGGGGAAAUGGAAGGGGCCUCCAGGGUCUGCAGACAAGGCAGGGAAACGUUUUGAUGGUAAAUUACAAUCAGAAUCAACUAAUAAUGGAAAAAAUAAGAGAGAUGUAGAUUUCGAAGGUACAGAUGAACCCAUUUUUGGAAAGAAGCCCAGGAUAGAAGAGUCAAUAACUGAAGACUUAAGUUUGGCAGACCUGAUGCCCAGAGUCAAGGUACAAUCAGUUGAAACUGUUGAAGGGUGUACACAUGAGGUUGCACUUCCUGCAGAUGAGGAUUAUUUACCACUUAAACCACGAGUUGGAAAAGCUGCUAAGGAAUACCCAUUCAUUCUUGAUGCUUUUCAAAGAGAGGCCAUUCAGUGUGUUGACAAUAAUCAGUCUGUUCUAGUAUCUGCACAUACCUCAGCGGGAAAAACAGUAUGCGCCGAGUAUGCCAUUGCAUUGGCCUUAAGGGAAAAGCAGCGUGUAAUAUUUACCAGCCCAAUUAAGGCUCUGAGUAACCAAAAAUACCGUGAAAUGUAUGAAGAAUUUCAAGAUGUUGGUUUGAUGACUGGUGAUGUUACUAUUAAUCCUACGGCAUCUUGUCUUGUUAUGACCACAGAGAUUUUGAGAAGUAUGCUUUACAGAGGUUCCGAAGUUAUGAGAGAAGUUGCUUGGGUUAUAUUUGAUGAAAUUCAUUAUAUGAGAGAUUCAGAACGUGGUGUAGUAUGGGAAGAAACUAUUAUUUUGCUUCCUGAUAACGUCCACUAUGUCUUUCUUUCGGCUACUAUUCCAAAUGCCCGACAGUUUGCUGAAUGGAUUUGCCAUUUACAUAAACAGCCUUGUCAUGUAAUUUACACAGAUUAUCGGCCCACUCCAUUGCAACACUACAUUUUUCCAGCAGGGGGAGAUGGCCUGCAUCUUGUGGUUGAUGAAAAUGGUGACUUCAGAGAAGAUAAUUUUAAUACUGCAAUGCAAGUGCUUCGAGAUGCAGGUGAUUUGGCCAAAGGAGACCAGAAAGGGCGGAAAGGAGGAACAAAAGGACCAUCAAAUGUUUUCAAAAUUGUGAAGAUGAUUAUGGAAAGAAAUUUCCAACCUGUGAUUAUUUUCAGUUUUAGUAAGAAAGAUUGUGAAGCCUAUGCACUUCAAAUGACCAAAUUAGAUUUCAACACAGAUGAAGAAAAGAAGAUGGUUGAAGAAGUAUUCAGUAAUGCAAUUGAUUGCUUAUCCGAUGAAGAUAAAAAACUCCCUCAGGUAGAACAUGUACUUCCUCUUUUGAAGAGGGGAAUUGGUAUUCACCAUGGUGGUUUACUUCCUAUUUUGAAAGAAACUAUAGAAAUUCUCUUUUCUGAAGGAUUGAUAAAGGCCUUAUUUGCCACGGAGACCUUUGCUAUGGGAAUUAACAUGCCAGCUAGAACUGUUUUAUUUACAAAUGCCCGCAAAUUUGAUGGGAAGGAUUUCCGAUGGAUUUCUUCUGGUGAAUACAUUCAGAUGUCUGGUCGUGCUGGAAGGAGAGGAAUGGAUGAUAGAGGAAUUGUAAUUCUUAUGGUAGAUGAAAAGAUGAGCCCAACAAUUGGAAAACAAUUACUUAAGGGCUCCGCUGAUCCUCUAAAUAGUGCUUUCCAUUUGACCUACAACAUGGUUUUGAACUUACUACGUGUAGAAGAAAUUAAUCCUGAGUACAUGUUGGAAAAAUCCUUCUACCAGUUUCAGCAUUAUAGAGCAAUUCCAGGAGUAGUAGAGAAGGUAAAGAAUUCAGAAGAACAGUAUAAUAAAAUAGUAAUUCCCAAUGAAGAAAGUGUGGUUAUCUAUUAUAAGAUUAGACAGCAGCUUGCCAAAUUGGGUAAAGAAAUUGAAGAAUAUAUUCACAAACCAAAAUACUGCUUACCUUUUCUACAACCAGGUCGUUUGGUAAAGGUAAAGAAUGAAGGAGAUGACUUUGGCUGGGGAGUAGUGGUGAAUUUCUCAAAAAAGUCAAAUGUUAAGCCUAACUCUGGUGAACUGGAUCCUUUGUAUGUAGUAGAAGUACUUCUGCGCUGUAGCAAAGAGAGCUUGAAAAAUUCAGCUACAGAAGCUGCAAAACCAGCUAAACCUGAUGAGAAAGGAGAGAUGCAGGUUGUCCCAGUUUUGGUGCAUCUCCUGUCUGCUAUCAGCAGUGUUAGGCUUUACAUUCCUAAAGACCUUCGGCCGGUGGACAAUAGACAGAGUGUUUUAAAAUCAAUACAGGAAGUUCAGAAACGUUUUCCUGACGGCAUCCCCUUAUUAGACCCUAUUGAUGAUAUGGGCAUUCAAGAUCAAGGGCUGAAAAAAGUCAUUCAGAAAGUAGAAGCUUUUGAGCAUCGAAUGUAUUCUCAUCCACUUCACAAUGAUCCAAAUUUGGAAACUGUGUAUACGCUUUGUGAAAAAAAAGCACAGAUUGCAAUAGAUAUUAAAUCUGCAAAGCGAGAACUGAAGAAAGCAAGAACAGUCCUACAAAUGGAUGAACUCAAAUGUCGCAAACGUGUUUUAAGAAGGUUGGGAUUUGCUACUUCUUCUGAUGUAAUAGAGAUGAAAGGACGAGUGGCUUGUGAGAUAAGCAGUGCUGAUGAGCUCCUUCUAACUGAGAUGAUGUUUAAUGGCCUUUUCAAUGACCUUUCUGCAGAACAGGCAACAGCAUUAUUAAGCUGCUUUGUGUUUCAAGAGAAUUCUAGUGAGAUGCCCAAAUUAACAGAACAAUUAGCAGGACCACUUCGUCAAAUGCAGGAAUGUGCUAAAAGAAUUGCAAAAGUUUCAGCAGAAGCCAAAUUGGAAAUUGAUGAGGAAACUUAUCUAAGCUCAUUUAAACCUCACUUAAUGGAUGUAGUAUAUACCUGGGCAACUGGAGCUACAUUUGCCCAUAUCUGCAAAAUGACAGAUGUCUUUGAAGGCAGCAUAAUUCGUUGUAUGAGGCGCCUGGAAGAAUUGCUUCGACAAAUGUGUCAAGCAGCAAAAGCCAUUGGAAACACUGAGCUGGAAAAUAAAUUUGCAGAAGUGUGUGGAGACAGAGUUUCGCUCUUGUUGCCCCAGGCUGGAAUGCAAUGGCGCAAUCUCGGCUCACCGCAACCUCCACAUCCACCUCCCAGGUUCAAGCGAUUCUCCUGCCUCAGCCUCCUGAGUAGCUGAACUACAGGAAUCACCAAAAUCAAGAGAGAUAUUGUGUUUGCUGCCAGCCUCUACUUGUAGAGUCAGCUAAAGGAAUGUGAGAUUUUAAAUUAUUGACCACCUGUUUGAUUACAGUUGACUACAAAUGCCUGCAAGUGUGGAUUUGGUUCUCCCAUACAUUUUAAUAUGUAUUAUAUUUAAAUCAAACAUCAUUCAUAGAAAGCAUAUUACAUACAUGUUUAUACAUAAGCAUUACAUUUUUUUAAUAAAAAUGUAUACAGGUGGGGCA